UGGCCCUCACCAACAUGGCCGCCCCCUGUGCUCGUGUGGAAACACAGCUGAGCACGAACAUGUCUUUUAAGAAAGCGCUCGCCGUCGCGUCUCCGCUCGCGUUACGCAUCAUCGCGGAGUGCCCGGUGACAAAGGCGAGGGUGUGCGACCUGGAGCUGCCGCACGGCUCCGUCAGCACGCCGGUUUUCAUGCCGGUCGGCACCCAGGGCACCAUGAAGGGAAUCACCGCCGAUCAACUGGACGCGCUGGGAUGUCAGAUAUGUCUCGGGAACACGUACCACCUGGGGAUGAGACCGGGGCCUGAUUUGAUUGAAAAGGCCAACGGUUUGCAUGGAUUCAUGAACUGGAAAAGGAAUCUGUUGACGGACAGUGGCGGCUUCCAGAUGGUGUCUCUGGUUGAACUCUCGGAGGUAACAGAGGAAGGGGUGACGUUCAAGUCCCCCUACGACGGCGAAACCAUCCUCCUCAGUCCGGAAAAGUCCAUCGCCAUACAGAACAGUCUGGGGUCCGACGUCAUGAUGCAGCUGGACGACGUGGUGAGCAGCACGGUGACGGGGCCGCGCGUAGAGGAGGCUAUGCGCCGGUCCAUUCGCUGGCUCGAUCGCUGCAUCGCCGCCAACAAGAAUCCGCACAAACAGAACCUAUUCGCCAUCAUCCAGGGCGGACUGAACGCCGGGUUGCGCAAGACCUGUUUGGACGAAAUGACUAAACGUGACGUUCCGGGCUUUGCCAUCGGGGGCCUGAGCGGAGGGGAAGAGAAGGAUGACUUCUGGCGGAUGGUGACGCUCAGCACCGACCAUCUGCCUCGAGAAAAACCUCGUUACCUCAUGGGUGUGGGAUACGCCGUGGACUUGGUGGUGUGCGUCGCUUUGGGUUGCGACAUGUUCGACUGCGUCUUUCCCACCCGGACGGCGAGAUUUGGCUCAGCGUUGGUGCCCUGGGGAUCCCUUCAGGUGAAACACAAGCAGUAUGCCAAAGACUUUCAGCCCAUCGACCCCGAAUGCCAGUGUCCAACCUGCAAAAGACACAGCCGGGCGUACCUGCACGCUCUAUUUAAGAGCGACACGGCAGCCAUGCAUCACGUUACAGUCCACAACAUCGCCUACCAGCUCAGCCUAAUGCGCUCCGUGCGACAGAGCAUCGUGGAAGGCCGCUUCCCGGACUUCAUCCGCGCCUUCAUGCGCCGAAUGUUCCCGUCCCGCGACGCGUACCCCGGCUGGGCUGUGGACGCUCUGGCCUCCGUCAACGUCGCGUUGGAGUGA